AUGGGUUCGAUUCAACAUGAUGAUAUUCACAAUCAGAAACACCGCAGCAAUGAGUUCGGUGGCUUAAAUGGCAGCGGCGUCGAGUCGUUUGAGGCUGCAGGCCUUGCUUCCGACCAGGGCUCUAGUCCGACAGGCAUGAGAGACGAAGUCGUGCUUUUAUCAUGGCUCAUUGUGCUCCUGCGGACACGAGAAGGCAGCCAAGUUCGAUACGAUUGGGCAUACAGACAUCCAGAAGAGGAGCCGGUACCCAGAUGUCUGGCCAUGAAUGAAGUAGUGGCGGGGUUACAAAGUAGCAUCAAGGAAACUGCCGCAGCUGUCUCUCGGUAUCUUGUCGCAAAUGCACCGAGUCAGUCGGUGUCUGCUUCUUUGCUUUUGAGUACCAGCUCGCUUUCGCAUACGUCAGAAGAAGCGAAAGAUGAAGGGUUACUCCACCUGGAAGCCUGUUUCGAGAAUGGUCUGCUCCAGAUUCGUCCGACAUGGCACUCCGAGAAUAUGCUGGCAUUCACAGUGACGCGAUACAUCAGGACCCUCAUCGACACGGUCAGAUGCUGCAUUUCUAAUCCUGAGGUGUCCAUCCAAGACUGCCUUCGACCUACCACAUACGAUCUGGACGAGAUAUGGCGUUGGAAUCACAACCUGCCACCCACUUACAACUUUUGCAUGCAUGAAAUGAUCUCCGAACAGGCUCGAAAGUUCCCUGAUAAAGAAGCAAUUGCAUCCUGGGACGGCAGCCUGACAUACAGCCAGAUUGAUCAGUACUCCACAUUCGCUGCGCGCUCGCUCAAGGAUAUGGGAGUGGACUUGCAUGACGUCUUACCGGUCUGCUUUGAGAAGUCCAGAUGGACCAUCGUCGCGGUUCUGGCAGUAAUGAAAGCCGGCGCGACUUUUGUACUAAUGGACCCAACGCUGCCGCUUGCGCGACUGCAGAACAUGGCCCAACAGGUCGGCGCCAAGAUGAUGGUAUCAUCUCGGGACCAGCACGACCUGGCGACUGAGAUCAUACCCAGUGCAAAAGUCUUCGUCGUGGAGGAGAACGCGUUCAGCAGUCUGUCCAUCAAACAAAACAUCGGACUGCUACCGACGGUUCCCUCGUCCGCCCUGAUGUACAUGAUCUUCACGUCCGGCAGCACAGGUACUCCGAAAGGCGUCAAGAUCUCCCACGAGACCUACACCAGUAGUGCCAUCCCCCGAGCCAAGGCGGUCGGCUACACGGAGGACUCGCGUGUUCUUGACUUUGCCUCCUACGCCUUCGACGUCAGCAUCGACAGCAUGUUUCUGACCCUGGGCAACGGUGGUUGUCUUUGCAUUCCAUCCGAAGAGGACCGCCUGAACGACAUCAACGGAGUGAUCCGGCGGAUGAAAGUCAACUAUGCGGGUCUGACGCCCUCGGUGGCCCGUAUUCUGGACGCGGAUGUGAUAUCCUCGCUCAGUGGCCUCGGCCUCGGAGGAGAGGCAGUCUCGGCGAGAGAUGUCACGCUCUGGGGUCGGGAUACCAGGAUUAUUAUCGGCUACGGUCCCUGCGAAUGCACGAUUGGGUGUACGGUGAACAGUAGCGCCGCCACGGGAAGAGACUAUAUCUCCAUCGGUCCCGGUAAUGGGGCAGCCAUUUGGAUUGUCGACCCUAAUGACCAUGAAUCCCUCGUACCCGUCGGCGCGGUGGGAGAGUUGCUGGUCGAAGGUCCCAUAGUGGGACAGGGCUACCUGAAUGACCCGGAGAAAACUGCAGCAUCGUUUAUUGAGGAUCCCUCGUGGUUGAUUGCGGGUCACAACGGCUACGCCGGUCGUCGGGGCCGUCUGUACAAGACUGGUGAUCUGGGUCGAUAUGACCCGGAUGGGUCGGGGGGUAUUGUCUUCGUGGGACGCAAGGAUACCCAAGUCAAGUUGCGAGGACAACGAGUCGAGCUCGGGGAGAUCGAGAGCCAAUUGAGAGCCCGACUGCCUUCGGAGACGACCGUGAUCGCUGAGGUGAUUGUACCCCAAGGGUCUGGGGGACAACCGACGUUGGUGGCAUUUUUGGCAGCGCAGACGACAAAAGGACAUGACCAUGCGGGACUCGAGGCGGCAGAACUUCCUAACGAGCUGCGAAUAGUGCUGUCAGAAGCCGACGCUGAGCUGGCGAAGGUUUUGCCUCGAUACAUGGUGCCAACUGCGUAUAUCCCCGUCAACCAUAUUCCUACAUUGAUCUCUGGUAAAACGGACCGCAAGAGACUGCGGCAGUUCGGCGCUACCGUCGACCUGCGCCAGCUGGACCAGGGAGAGACAAAGACCACAACCCGGGAGUUGAGUGAUCUGGAGCGAGAUUUGCGACAGGCCUGGAGCCAGACGUUGAAGCUCCAAGUCGACUCUAUCCGCCUCGAAGACAACUUCUUCGCUCUGGGUGGAGACUCCCUCACAGCAAUGAAACUGGUCUCUGUCUGUCGGUCUCAAGGUCUCAACCUUAGUGUCACCAACACGUUUAGCAAUCCUACCCUCUCAGCCAUGGCCAGCGUCGCUCGUAUUUGCGACGUCGAAAUGCAAGCGGAAGUCCCGGCAUUCUCAAUGAUUACCUCAGAUGUCGAGAGCGUCUGCGUAGAAGCAGCCGAGGCCUGCGGCGUUGGUCCAGCUGAUAUCGAGGAUAUCUACCCCUGUACGCCCACACAGGAGUCCCUGUUCACCUUCUCGCUUAAAUCAAUCAAGCCGUACGUGGCGCAGAGAGUCGCAUGUAUCCCGUCGCAAAUCGACCUCGACGCCUGGCGGAAGGCAUGGAAGGAGGUGGUAGCCGCAAUCCCCAUUCUGCGGACACGAGUGGCCCAGCUGCAAGAACCUGGGCUUCAGCAGGUUGUUCUCAAGGAAAGUGUUUCCUGGACGCAGGCUUCAAAUCUAUCGGCAUACCUGGAGAACGAUCGGACCGAAAAGAUGAAUCUCGGACAGAGUCUGGCUCGUUACGCCAUUGUUGACGAUUCAAUCGAUGGCAAGCGAUACAUGGUUUGGACUAUUCACCACGUCCUUUACGAUGGAUGGUCAGAGCCGAUCAUCCUCAAACAAGUCAGCGACGCCCUGCAAGGGCAGCCGGUCGAGGUCAAGACGCAGAUGCGAGACUUCGUCAAAUACGUGCGCGACUCGGAUGACGCCGCCGUGCAGGAAUUCUGGCGACGGGAGCUCAAAGGUGCGGUCGGGCCUCAAUUCCCGCGUCUACCAUCAAGAGACUUCGUGCCCACCCCGGACGCCCUGGUCGAGUAUCAGGUCUCCCUCGAGGCCAGUGCCGGAUCGCCCUUCACCAUGGCAACACUAAUCCGUGGCGCCUGGGCCCUCGUCGCGUCCCAAUACACCGGAAGCGACGAUGUCGUUUUCGGCGAGACCCUCACAGGUCGCGACAUCCCACUACCUGGAGUCGAAAGCAUUGUUGGCCCGUUAAUUGCAACCGUCCCCGUCCGCGUGCGCGUUCACCGGGCAAGUACCGUGGAAUCCUACCUACAAGCUGUGCAGCAAGGCGUCUUGGCCCGUACCCCAUACCAGCACAUGGGCAUGCAAAACAUCCGCAAGGUCAGCGAAGAUGCGCAACACGCAUGCGAAACUGGCACGGGUCUGGUCAUUCAGCCGGAACCAGAAUACGUCGGCAGCGAACUCGGCGUUGAGAGCGGGGACGUCGUCCGUGAAGCGCUUCAUUUCAACCCGUAUCCGCUGAUGCUGGCUUGCGGUAUUCGCAAGGGCGGCUUCCGGGUUUGCGCGAGCUUCGACAGCAGCUUAAUUGAGAUCAAGCAAAUGGAACGGAUGCUUGCGCAACUGGAGACCGCUUGCUUGCAGUUGAGUAAAGGUCUUUCCCGAAGGGUUGACGAGAUUUCCUGUCUGCCCGAGGCGGAACUGAACCAAAUCUGGCAAUGGAAUAAGAUUCCACCUUUGUCUGUGGACGAAUCAUCGAGUAGGCUGCGUGCCGAUGCAAACAUCAAGCCCGGUUCAAGCUAUCCUCCUGCGGUAGUUCCUUGGGUUUGCAACCCUCGAAACCCAUCCCUGCUCUCGCCCAUCGGCUGCGUCGGUGAGCUCUGGCUCGAAGGAGACUUUCUAUCUGGCUACACAGUUGAUAACCUCGCCUGGCUCAUGGCCGGAAGCUCUACCUGUGCAGGUCGAACGGGCAGACUGCAAGCAACCAGCGACAUGGUCCAGUUGCGAGAAGACGGCACUUUGGUGUUCGUUGGUCGGAAGGAGAAUGUUGUUCCUGUUCAUGGGUAUGCAGUGGAUAUUACAGAGAUUGAAAGUCACCUCACAGGACAUCUUGCACCGACAAUCCGUGCCGCUGCUGCUGUAGCGCAAUCCUCAUCCGACCAGGAGCUGGUUUUAUUCAUUGAGCAACCGGCUGACGAGGAAGACUGUGUUGAGCUCCUGUCGGAGAAGCAUGAGAUAGCCUGCGACUCGUCAGGUCAAGCCUUCCAGACCACAAUUUGCGCCAUGAUUCCUGACAGUCUUGCUGCAGCGUUGAAGAAGCUCGACAAAUUCAUGCGAGACUCGCUUCCAUCGUAUAUGGUUCCGUCCGCCUACAUCGUGGUAGACAAACUGCCCAUGACGAUGGACCAUAUUGACCACAGUUUGCUCAAUGAAAUCGCCUCUCAGAUUCCUCCUCAAAUCUUUAACCAGGUUCGUGAUGGCUUCAGGGAAAUUCGGACCAAGGCUACCGUUCACAGCCAUCUGUCAGCUUCAGAAAGCAUCCUGCGGUCUGCAUGGGCCAAAAUCCUUCGUGUCGAUCCGGAGCAGAUUGACGUAGACGACAAUUUCUUCCGGCUCGGCGGGGAUUCCGUUCUUGCAAUGAAGCUCGUGUCAAGUCUUCGCGCGCAAGGCCACAGUUUAUCCGUGGCUGAUAUCUUCCGGCACAUGCGUCUCGGCGACGCUGCCAGAGUGUUGAAGGUGGACCACCGUGCAAAAGAGAAGGUCAACAUGUACCGGCCGUUUUCGACACUGAGCUUAGUAGAUGUUGAGCAGUUCCUGUCUGAGAUUGUCCGACCACGGCUUGGCGAUCCAAGCUGGCCCGUUCGAGAUGUGUUGUCGGUGACCGACUCGCAGGCUCUGGAUAUCAGAGCAACCAUUCAGCCGCCGAGGACGUCAAUCCAGUAUACAAUGCUGUACUUUGACGGCGGCGUUGACAAGGACCGAUUAUUCCGUGCGUGCAGCGACCUUGUUAAGACGCACGAGAUUCUCCGGACCGUCUUCAUUGCACAUGAAUCCAGCUUCUUGCAAGUUGUCCUGCACGAGCUGGAAAUUCCUGUGAGCACGCACAGGACUGACAAGGAUCUUGAUCACUAUGUCACCAACAUCUGCAGGGAGGACAUCGAAUCCAACUUCCUGCUAGGAUCUCCGUUCCUCAAACUCUUCCACGUCGAAGGAAACAAUGGCAGAGACUGUCUCAUCAUUGGCCUAUCUCACGCCCAAUACGACGGCGUCUCCCUGCCCAAACUACUCGAGGAUCUGGACUCCUUGUACACCGGCACCCAAAUCGCCAUGUUCUCCCCGUUCUCGUCGUACAUGGCCCAGAUCAGUGACGAGCACAUCCGAAGCAAAGCAAUGACCUACUGGCGCAAUCUCCUCUCCAACUCCUCGCUCUCGAUCCUCGACGGCCCCUCGUCCCACCCGACCGACAAAGCAGUCUUCCACACCCGACCCGCCAACACUCAAUCCCUCGAGGAAAUCACCACCGCAAACCUCCUCACAGCAGCCUGGGCCCUGGUCCUCGCUCGCCGGCUCCAAACAGCAGACGUCACAUUCGGCGGCGUCACCUCCGGCCGCACCCUCGACAUCCCCAACGCCGAGAACGUCAUGGGCCCCUGCUACCAGCUCACCACCAUCCGGGUCCCCUUCAAGCCCCACUGGACCGCGUCGGACCUGCUGCGCUUCGUGCAGGCGCAGGCUGCCGAGUCUGCGGCGCACGACUUCCUGGGUUUCGAGGAGAUAGCCGAGCUGGCGGGGUGGUCUCCCGAACGCAAACUCUUCGACUCCAUUGUGCAUCAUCAGGACUGGGACGAUUUCGAUAGUAUGCCCUUUGCGGGGGGCUCUUGUCGGGUUGAGAUCGCUAACCCGCAUGGGGAUGCGGCGUACCCGAUCAAGGCUGUUUCGUUUGUGAAGGGGGGGAAGAUACAUGUUGGUGUGGUUGGCAGUGAGAGGGAUGUGGUGUUUGUGGAUGCUGUUCUGGGGGAAUUGGUCGCUGCGGUUGAGGAGUUGGGUGCCCAGACGGGGAAGGUGUUGCUUGAUAGUCAGUUGUUCUAG